UUAUCUUUUUUUCACUCCAACCUUGGCUUUUCCCAUCCUUUUCCCAAGGCUGCUGCAUUAGGUGUCCCCAGGAGGGCUGGGUUCCUCAGCUGGGGUCUUAGGAGUUGCUAUGAAUUCUGAUUUUUCUGAAAGUGUAUGGAAGUGUGCUAUUGAAACAGCUCUUUUCUCUCCUGAAAAGUUUUCCAUCUAUGACCACCCAUGUAUCUAUGUAUUUUAUGUAGCCAGAUGCACUAAAGUUUUUAUUUUCGAAGCCAAAACCUGUAGCAGAUGACUGUUUGCUUUGUGUCUGUGAGAAGUGGCAUUUGUGCUGGAGAGCUGCAGUGGGGAAGAAAAGAGGGACUAAAUGUGCUCCAGGGGUGGGCACGGGAGGAAACACUUGCAGAGAAAGGCAAGGCAGUGAUGAUUCCAGAGGAAAAGUGAGAGGUGGUUGCUUCCGAUCUGUGGGGACUUUCCUUUGGAAUGAUCAAUCAGAGAGUGUAUGGAAGCAGAGAGCAUCUUCUGGCUAUUUCUUCUCUCUGGAUUCACAGGUCUGUGCUGGAGAGUGGGAGAAAGGUCCCUGCUGGUUGCCGUGUCCUCAGUGGCCAGAGAGCUCUGACCUUGGCCAGAUGGGCUGGUGAGUAUUGAAUCAAUCCCUGCCUUCUUGUGAACAAGUUGUUUGAAGGAGUCAUCGGCAGGGACAGCUUUUAGCUGGCUUUAGUUCAGUUUCUUUUUCACAGGUUUCUGGCUGUUUUGAUCCUGACAUCACCAAACCCUCAAGUUUGCUGAAUUAGGGAUCUUACCUGUAUGGCUCAUGAAAUGUCCUGGAAAGCUGGUCAAUGUCUUCGUGCUCCUGUUGUGUUCAUUUGGGCUGUGCUUCAGGAUUCUCUCCCUGGGCUCUUGCAGUUGCUGUAUCUCUUGGAUGCUGUGCAGAAUGGAAUCAGGCAGCCAAACCUCAGGUUCACCUUCUCCCUGACCCUCUAUGCUGCUCGUGUGGCACAGCAGAUCCUGAAGCCAGAUGUUUCUGUAUUCCUGACUUCCCUUCAUGUCUGGGGAUACGUGGCUUGGAGCACAGGAGCCAGAUUUGUCACUUAGCUGUGUCAGGUAGAAGCCCAGGAAAGAUGUCAAAAAAACCCGAGAGAUGUCACAGUGCAUACGUGGAGCAGAGAUGCUGAAAAGUGGCAAAGCUGAAUAGCCUCGCUCAGCUUCAGUCCUGUGCAGAUCAUAGAAGGUGAAGAAAGAAGCAGCAGAGUAUUGCUGGCCAGGGGCUUAUGUACAAAUUACAAACAGGAUGAGACUGCGGGGGAACGUGUCUCAAGCUGUUUAUUAUCCAGCAUCACUCUCAUUACAUGGUUAUGACAAUGGGAAGAUGCCAGCAGCUCAUGUCCUCGACAGCAGACUAAAACUCAGUGUAACAACCCACUUAAAAGUUUUUUGACCAGUCACACAAAGCAAAAGCACAUUUACAGUAGCUCUAUCCAACCACUGUAAGCACACGUACCUUUUGUUAAAACAGUGCUUGCUUAUUUCGAAUACAAUACCUGCUUGUAAGCAUUAAAAUACAAUGCACAGAGCUCCAUUAUUAAGCUUAGAACUUCCUAAUAUCUUGCUAGAUAUAUUUUUCUGUAGCUUAGGGAGUUAUUCAAGCAUUAAUGCACAGACCAUUGUUCUAUUUGUCCUUACUUUUCUACUUCUUAUAUAACUUUUCUGCUGACAAAUCUUAUGGCUACUGCUUAGCACUAAUCACAGCUCUGCUGUCUCCAUGGCCUGCCUUUUGCAGCUUUCCCCAAACCCUCUGAUUUUAAGGAUUCCCACAGGGGAUGCAGCAGGAAGCUCUUGGCACAGCUGCUCAGCCCUUCUGAGCCUGGGGGGCCGCAGCUGCCCCUCAGGCUGCGAGGGAGAACAGCAGCAGCCUCUUUCAGCAGCUGCAGCCUCCUGCAGGUGCCUCCCGAGCCUCCUUUGCUCCAGGCUGAACAUGCCCAGCUCCCUCAGCUGCCCCUCAUCACACCUGUGCUCCGGACCCUGCACCCGCUCCAAGUGCCAUCUCUGGACAUGCCCCAGCCUCAUAGUGCGGUCCCAAACCUGAGCCCAUGAUUCCAGAUGCACUCUCAGCAGAGGACAUUGGUCCUAAAUCAUAGAAUAUUCUGAGCUGGAUGGAAAGGAUCCAUGAGGAUUGAUCCUAAAGUACGCCAAAAAUUCUCACAGUGGUGUUCAAAUGUUGGGAGCAGCAGAAGAAAGAAAGACAUUUUUGAUAUCAGAGCAUCAAACAACCUGAAUUCAUAAAUGAAGAAAUAGGUUAUGAUGGAAUAAACCUAAUUUAUUUAUAUAUUGCUUUCCAUCAUUUUAAAACUUGGCUUUGUGUGAUUGGUUUUUAGCAUUUGUCACUUUCCUUUUCUUGAGUAGAAAUGAAACAGUUCAUUUGAAAAUAACACCAAGAUGUACCUGCCACUGGCCGUGAUGAAGGCCAUCAAUAAUGGCAGUAAUGCCUCUGGGAUAAAAAAGUCAAGGAAAAAAAAAAUAGAUGGCCCAGAUUGCAGCCAGAGAAGAGACCACAAUGCCAAGAGAGAGUCUCAGGGAAGUUGCCAGUGGGGAUGGAUAUGAUGAAGGCAAGAAGCAGGAGUGGGCCAUCAGCAGCACUUCCUCACAGCAGCACAGCAGGCCAAGGGAGCCUCCUCACAAGAGCCAAGAGGCCAGAGCUCCUCAGGACACUCAUCUGCCCACAAAAAUGCAACAGCCAGAAGCCUCCUUUGCACACCAAGGAGACCUUUUAAGUACUGCAAGGCCAGGAGGCAAUAUUAAGUAAGUACUUUAGUGCUUAAAGUAAGAGAAUCCCUUAAGGCUUGGAAAUCCAGCAUUAGGCAAGGGAAAACGAGACGCGGGGUUUUAUGUCCUUUAAAACAAAACUGUACAUUUAAGGAGGAUGAAGUAGAAAUUUUGUAAUAAAACACAGAAGAAAUGUGAAGUGAAACGAAAGCUCUGCUCUUAUUUCCAAAGACUGUAGAAGUUCAUAUGGAGCCAUUGGGUUAGGUGGGAAAGAGGCUGGGCAGGGCAGGGGGGCUCAGUGGCACAGGCUGGCUCCCGCCUUGGGGACAGCCCGGGUGCUGCUGCCAGGCUGGCCUGGGUUCCCGCAGUGCAGCGGGGGGAGGGAGGUGUGGGCAGGUUCCAGCAGGGUUCCAAGGGUUCCAUGACCUCUGACCCCUCCGUGGCACCUGGACACCGCGCCUGGGACAUUCCGUUGGCUCUCGGGCUCUGCCAACGGCAGAACCGUCUUUGGGCAGCGCCCCGCUGGCUGCAGCAGGACAGAGCGAGCGCAGCUCCGUUCGGGGAGCACUGCUUGGCCAGAAAGCCUGCUCGCAGCGCCUUUAUUGCCACCGGGGAGCCAUCCCUCGCCCCCAAGGCCGGCUUGUGCCAGAGAGGCUGACUCAAACUGAGGCUUCGUAAUGGAACCAACAGACAACCAGAACAGUGACAAUAGCUGGAGCUACAACAGAGACUUGCUCCGCAUUCUAGAGCAAGACAGGCGGAGGAGGCAGGUGGCUCCAGAGAAAGAUCCAUUCUUGGGGAAUACUCCCAUCUUUCCCAAGCCCUACAAGACCAAUAAAGAAGAUGAGCUGUCAAGGCGCAUUAAGAACGUGCUGCGCGAUGUAGACCCCAAGUUCUUGUUCCUGGGCCAUGACUCCCCUCUGAUUCCCCUAUGGAUUCCAAAAAAGCCCAAAAUCAAGUCACAGACCCAGAGUCAUAGGCCAGCCUCCAGUAAGACAAACCCAUAUGAGGACAUAUGGAGAGAAUCCUCACCAGAAUCACUGGACCUCACACCUGAGCAGAGCUAUGAUGCCUGUGAUACAGAUCUCUCAAAGCAGAGGUCAGAAGCCAAAGCUCCACAAUCUGAAAUCCUUCCUGAGCCUGUCAAGAAAAAGAAGCUCAUUGAUGUGCCAUCCACUGGAAAAACUUUGAAGGUUGUGGAAAAGCCAUCUUCUUCACUUGCUGCUCCAAGAGCUCUCCAGUCCCAGCACAAGAGGAUGGCACCAGCACAGCCCAGCAUCUCGGAGUCAAAGAGCACCAGGGACUGCCACAGCUCCUCAGUCUCUGCACUUCCAAGAGCACCAGCAUCUGAGCCCAUCGUGCACAUUCAUGCGCAGUCCGUGGAAGAAAUAAUGAAGGAAAUGAGCAGCCCCCUGUCACCUCUCCUGCCACCUCUUCAGUCAGCUGCUAGAACAGACACUUCCAAAUUUCCACUGCAGGCAAAGGCAAAGAAGCCCUCUGAUGUGCCAUUGAUUGAAGAAAUUUUUAAGGAAAUGAGCAGCUCACCACCACCUCUUCUGUCACAUCUCCAGAUGCCUACAAGAGCAGAGACUUCCAAACUUCCAUUGGCAGCAAAGGAAUUCCAACCUGAUGGAUCUGCAGCACAGAAGCAGAAGCAGGCUGGCACAGCUUCAGAAACGUUGCUGAGUUCUCAGCCAAGGACAUCAGCUCUCCAGUCCCAGCACAAGAGGAUGGCACCAGCACAGCCCAGCAUCUCGGAGUCAAAGAGCACCGGGGAGUGCCACAGCUCCUCAGUCUGUGACAGAGAGAUCAGCUCCAGUGACAGUGAGGAGGACAGCCUUCCAAGGGUGUUGGACCUCCCAGCAUCUAAGCCUGAGCCAUCAGCUUUUAACAAGUGGUACCUUCACAACAUAGUGACCCAGAUAAAGCAAGGAGCAGUACAAAGAGAGGGUCUCAGGGAAAUUACCCGUGGGAAUGGACAUGAGGAGGGUGUGAAGCAGGAGCAGAGCAUCAGCAGCAAUUCCUGCCAGCAGCACUCCAAGGCAAGGGAGCCUUCUUACAAGAGCUGUGGCCAAGUGGCCAAGGAUUUCCACAAGACCUUUGCCCAAGUGGCCGAAGACACUCACAAGACCUCUGGCCAAGUGACCAAGCAUUUUCACAAGACCUCUGGCCAAGUGACAAAGGCUCUUCAGGAAUCUCAUGUUACAAGCACACACAGCUCUCUAAAGCCUCUUGUGCACACCAAGGAGGCCUUGCCCAGGAAGAUUGUGGGUAUCAAAAGGCCCAGCGAGCCCCUGGAGCAUGACAAAUCCAAAAAACUCCUGAAGCUGGAGAGUGAGCCUGGUCACUCUCAGAGGUCAGAGUUGGAGGUCAGAGACCAGUCCUUCAAAGACAAGCUGAAAGUCCAAGAAGCAGAGAAAACAAAUCCUGCUUUCAGAAAAGGCGUGAAGCUGGGAGUGCAAAACCCCUCUAAGAACAGGAAGGACAAGGACCCUGACAAGAGCUUUGUCCACGUGCCCAAGGUUCCUGACCAGAGUCGUGGCCAAGUGGCCAAGCCUACUCACGAAUCUGACGUUACAUCCAAGCCCAGCUUUCUGAAGCCUCCUGUGAACACCAAGGAGGCCUUGCCCAAGGAUACUCUAGGCAUCAAAAGGCCAAGUAUGUCCCAGGUACAUGACGAAUCCAAGAGAGUCUGGAAGAUCAAGAAUGAGGCUGGUCUUUUGCAGGUCAUAGACCAGUCUUGCAAGGACCAGCCCAAAGUCACAGUGAAGCCAAAAGCCACCGACAAAAAAGACCUGAAGCCGGCACUUCACAAGCCCUCUGAGAAGAGAAAGGGCUCCCACCAGGUCAACACCAAAAGCUUUUUGGAGCCCAGGCUCCUGAGACAUGCUCAGGAGUAUGAUGCCCUCAUGCCCAGUGACCACAGGCCUGGGGAUUUGCACAAAGGGAAAGUGCCCUUGCCUCCUGGGGAGAAGAAGUUAUUCCCGCCUGCAAGGGAGGUAGACAUGAAGAGGAAAGCCAUGAGGAGUCCUGAGGAGUCCCCCAGAAAGAAGAGGGAAGACAAGGGGGAUACUCCCAGGAAGAAAAAGGAAUGAGACAAAAAAUUCCCAACAAAAUAAUUUCAGCUUUCAGCAAACAAAGGCUCCAAUAAGCUGAAAGCAUCAGAAAAUUCAUUCCAAACUGAGAGGAAAAAUGUGGUGCUGCCACCACUACCGGCCAUGACUGCUGCACAACGUGCAUCAAAUUC